CAGAAGACAGAAAGACGAGGAAACGGAAGACGACGGAUCCACGCAGCGAGACUCCUGGGCCUCGAGCUGCGGCGGACGCUCAAGAACCGGCAAGACGACAGCGACACGGGAGAGUUGACGAAGAAGGGAGAGAACUGCGCGCCAAGACAAGAAAAGGAACUGCGCGUCUUCUUGCAGACAAAAACGACAACGGCGCUCUGCACGUGAUGGUCCAGCUAGACCAACUUGGGCGCAUGCGCGCAUGCAGCGAUGACGACGAAAUGGCGAGAAAGGCCCGGAAGCGGCAAGGGGGGCGACAGGAAACUGAGAGAGACGGAGCGAGCAGCCAGAAGAGCUGAGCAAGUCGACGCCAAAGGAGACUACAGGACGGUGAACGAACAAGAGAAAGAGCGAGGGUCCAGCUCUCGAUUCCUCCGGAGAGAAGGCCGACAGCAAACCUGCCUGGAGAAAUUCACUGAAAGCCAGAAGGCACGCUGCCGCUUUUCCAUGAAAGUUGGAACUCAGCAAGACACCGGAACACGGUGCGUUCGCGAAUGCAUGGAUAUUCAGACGAGCGUGAAGCGCUCUGCAGAUGUAUGUUCGAUUGCUGUGUCUACAUACACAUACAGAAAGAGAUGCGCAUACAUGCAAAUGCACAGAUAUGCAAAAUGAUGAAUAAAAUAUCCGACAGUGAAGAUGUAUCCAUAUACGUAAAAAACAGUGCUGUACACGGCUUAUACAAGUAGAGCACAUGAAAAUAUGCAGAUGGGUCUGCAGCUGAAAGAGAGUCCCCGGAGUUGAAGGAGCGCUACAAGUGAAUGGAAGAAAUCCACAUUCCAGAGAGUCGACAACCCGCCAGCGGAGUCACCAAACUUGCUUCAGCUUAGGAAAGAAGCGUCUUUGUCAAGAACACUGGGGCCAAGAGAAAGAUCUUUUCUGAGGAAAGCCAGCCGAGAGAGAGUCUGGGCGCCUGCAUCCGCGCCCCACUCGAGAGACGCAGGGGUGGUGGGCGGAGAAGGCCUCCUGGAGGCUGCAAAAGGCCGAGGGAGAACAAAGGAGAAACGCUCCUGUUUCCCUGUAUCCCUGUCGCGCCAGGAAAAACUAUCAUUGCUUUUCUCUCCUCAUCGAUGGCAGAGAAGCGCGAAGUGCAGAUGGCACACAAACGACUGCGUAGGAAGAGGGACAGGCUGUCUCCGCCGGCGACAGCGCCGUCUCCUCGCUUUGUCAGACAGUUUUGCUUACGCGAAGACUGGCGGUCUUUGCAUCUGAACAGACGAGCAUCCGGCGUCUGCCAGGGAGCGUCGCCGGGUCUGUCCUUCCGUCUCCCCGAAGCUCUUCCUGACUCUCUCUCUCUCGUUCACUCGCGGCGUUCCUUGAAGGUCCGUUCACUCUGCUUGCACAGGGAGGCCGUUCGAGCUGUUUGACCCUCCCUCUCGGGAUUUUUGUUCUGGGGCGCGGGAGUCGCCCCGCAAGCCUUUCAUCUUGACCUCCGCGACGGAGACAGAGGAGACAGGCGGCAGCGACAGGCGCCAAACACGAUCGCAGGCAGAGCUACCUGAGAAGUUCCUCGGCCUCCGAGAAGCGCCGCGCCUGCUCGCAGAGUCGAGCGUCCGAUGAACGGCGAGACCUUCGAGGGAGAGAAGAACUCUGGGUCUCCACGGCUCGCGUCCGAGCAGGUGGCUCGAAACGCCGGCGAGAGGAGACGAGAAGGCGGCAGAACGCGACUCUCCGGCCGAUUGUCCGGAGAAGCAUACGAGGCUCGACGCCAGCCGGAAAAACUCGGUGACGAAGGUGGAGAAGCACGAAGAAAAAGUCCGCGCGUUCGUUUCAAGACUGCUGCGCGCGUGUGUGUGUGUGUGGAGCUACCUACAGAAGAGAAAAACGAAACACCAGGAGGGGCGAACAGAAGAAGCCGGCAAAGAACGAAACGAGAAGUCGAGGGUGGACGGGCGGGGCGGGAGAACGCAGCCAAAAAGAGCGCGCUCUCGGGAGCUUUCGAAAAGCCACGCGUUUUUGCUCGACCAACACCGCAGAAACGAAAAGCCGAGAGCGCGUCGGGAUCAAGUUGCCUUUUUCCGCGAAAGAGAGAGACGGCGAACGAUCACGGCGAGACACAAAGGAGACUUCCUGCUUCCUCCGCAGAAUCGAAAAAAACCGCCAAUGGACACGUGGAGACGAGGAAAGAAAAUUCUUCCUCGCUCUCUCUCCGGGGAGAGACAAACUGCCGAUUCUUUUUUCGUCGGUGUACGCUGAAGACGCUUCUUCCCCGUCUUCUUCUUUUCCCUCAACUUUUCUCCGUCUCUCUAAGAAGCGAAAACGCGACGGUUCCGGGAGAAGACGCCCGCGGAAAAUCUCGUGCGAGCGCGAAAGGUCGGAAAGCAAGAAACGCGUGA